AUGAUAAUGUUGUCAAACGCGAGUUACGGCAGGCAGUCAAGCGCAUCAUCCGUCAGAGGUUUUUCCUGGGUUCUGUGGCUCGGGCUGUUUGCAAGCUUAAUCUCGUCGAGUCUCUCCGUUGACGUUUCCUGCUGCCCUGAAGGAGAGACAUGGGAACGUUCCGCCAAUUGCACAGACGGCACAAAGAUCCGGUUGAAUUGCCCGUUCGGCAUCUACAUCAUCGACCCCGAGCUGAGCGAGCGCGAUAACUUCACUAUCAUUCACCAGGAUGAUAACACCGCAUGGUUGCAUCUAGAUAUGGACAACAUUAAAAUUCCGGCGGACAGAUUCUGCAUCACCAAGUCGAAACGAGGCGGAGACGGCAACAUUGCUCUGACAUGUUUCGACGAAGAGCUGAUAAGUGACGGUGUCUCGAUGACGUGGAAGCAUACCUUGGUCUGCAUCGUCAGCAUCAUCUCGGCCAUCUUCCUGAUCGCCACUUUAGCAGUUUAUGUGAUACUACCAGAACUACGAGAGCUUCAGGACAAAGCGAUGAUGACGGCGGUCACUACCCUGGCGGUCAGUUACACCGUCCUCUCAAUCCAGCACUUGCGGCCGAACACAGACGGCGAUUAUACUAUUUGCGUUUCUCUCGGAUUCAUUCUGUACUUUGCCUUCAUGUCUGCAUUCUUCUGGCUGAAUAUCGUGGCCUUCAAUGUGUGGCGUGCCGUAUGGUUCAAGAACUUCAGGGUAAAGGAACAGUUACUUUUCUAUGUUUACUGUGUUUGGGGGUGGGGUGGUCCGUCGUGUUUCUUGAUCACCGCGCUGAUGAUGCAUCUUGUAGAGGGCCAACACUUGAAACCAGGUUUCGGCGACAACAGCUGUUGGUUCAGCGGCGCCACGCAAACAUGGGCGUACUUUUACGGGCCGGUCGCUAUUCUGCUAACAUUGAAUAUUACCUAUCUCGGACUGACUAGCUGGCGUUUGUGGCAUCAGUAUCGCGAUUACACGGGCAGCAAGUUGCGAGUUUUACGAUUCAAGUGUUUGCUGUAUAUCAAGCUGAUACUCGUCAUGGGCAUCACCUGGGUCUUCGAGCUGAUAUCGUUCGCCGUUGACACGAAAAUGGACGAGUUCUGGAUACCGACGGACCUGUUGAACGGUCUUCAAGGAUUCGUCAUAUUCCUGCUCCUGGUCGCGACGCGGAAAAGGGUAAGGAAGCUGUUGGCGAAGAAACGGCCUUGCGGCAUCGGUUUCCCGAAAUCCUGGGCAGCUUACGAGGACGAGGAAUGCGAGGCCGUGCUGCCCGAGGAGCUUGAGCUGUCCCAACAAGGAUAACGCGAACACUUUUGCGCAGUUUUUCUCUCCGACAGUUUGUGCGUCACAUGUGCCGCAUUAGAUAUAAGAUAUCGUACCUGUGCAUUUAAUAUGAGGAAUAACGUUGUCAUUGACGAAAGAUGAACAGUCUCCCGGAGAUUGUCCGUAUAUAUUACGUAUAGAUGAUCAGUGCACAGAUAACAACACGACUAUUGUCGCGUCUAUUGUCGAUUAAUUCGCGUGUACGUACGCUUUCGAUUAUUAUAGCCACGGCAGAAUACGCUUAAUUGUUUGUACGAUUAGCAUAGCGGGAAACCGACGAAGACGAAGGCGAAGGCGCGCGAUAAUGUUUUGUCCAAGAAUCUCCGUAUGUUAUGUAACAAUGAGUCGGAACGAACGACUUGUUCGUAUGUGAAAAUGUUAGAAAUAUAAAGAGAACAAUCUGUACACGAUUA